GAAUUCUGUAACAUUUUCGGAACUCUGUUACCAGGAAGUAAAGCACGUUUAUUUCCCCCGGAAGGUUUGAGUGUUCUUGAUGGAUUAGAAAUUAAAGUUGCAUUUGGUGAUGUUUGGAAAGAAUCACUUGGAGAAUUGAGUGGUGGUCAAAGGUCGUUAGCUGCCCUUUCACUUAUUCUGGCUUUAUUACUCUUCAAACCUGCACCUUUGUAUAUAUUAGAUGAAGUGGAUGCGGCGCUCGAUUUAUCUCAUACACAAAAUAUUGGUCAGUUGAUUAAAAAUCAUUUUAAGCAUUCACAGUUCAUUGUCGUGUCACUCAAGGAUGGAAUGUUCAACAAUGCUAAUGUACUAUUCAAAACAAAAUUCGUAGAUGGCGUUUCAACUGUGUCUCGGCAUGUACCUCUACGAGUUCGCGACGAAAAUAAACGGCCUGAAACAGAGAGACAACGGAAACGUGUUAAAUAA